AUGACACGGGACCUUGCACGUUACAGUUUUUCCGGUACCUUUAGCUCUCGUUCGUGCUCCCACAAACACCCCCUCCUCAUCCCGCGCGCCACAGACGAUUGUCCCAACAACCUCAGCGGCGGCGCAAUCGCCGGCAUCGUCAUCGGCUCCAUCUUCGGUACCUUGCUACUUCUCUGGCUCUGGCGAUUCCUUCAAUUACCCUGGGCCAGCGACGAUGUUUCAGACGUGGGGUAUCGACCGCCUACCGUGCGGACGGCGGCGGGAGAUGAUCGACGCCGGAGACGACGACCGGCCACGACGGUGGAUUAUUAUGUGGAGAAGCCGCGGAGUCGAUCGCGGGGGUAUCGUGAGGAUGUGCGUCGGCCAGCGAAGGUGUAUAUUUCUUGA